AUUUAUACUAGUACAUGUUAGUAAAUUGUAAUUUAUACUAGUACAUGUAAGUACAUUGUAAAUUUAUCCUAGUACAUAUUAGUACAUUGUAAAUUUAUACCAGUACAUGUUAGUACAUUGUAAUUUUAUUCUAUGUAAAUUUACACUAGUACAAGUAAGUACAUUGUAAAUUUAUACUAACAGUACAUUGUAAAUUUACACUAGUACAAGUAAGUACAUUGUAAGUUUAUGCCAGUACAUGUAAGUACAUUGUAAAUUUAUACCAGUACAUGUAAGUACAUUGUAAUUUAGACUAGUACAUGUAAGUACAUUGUAAUUUAUCCUAGUACAUAGAAGUACAUUGCAAAUUGAUACCAGUAUAUGUUAGUGCAUUGUAUUUAUACUAGUACAUGUCAGUACAUUGUAUUUACACCAGUACGGAUAAGUAUAUUGCAGUGUAUAUGUACUUAUACGUAUGUACUUAUACUAGUAUAAAAUUGUCACAAAGAACUGAAAACUACAAAAUAUCGGCAAACGUUAAGCAGCCACUUAGAUGUACAUAUGUAUAAUAACAUUACUGAUCUUAAUAAAAUAUUUGAUGUAAAGAUAUUGAUAUAAAUAUUUUUGACAUAAAGAUAUUUGAUAUACAGUAUUAGAAAAAGAAAUCGGAAGUGAAAUUUAAGCAAAAAGAUCUGCUUUUCAUUUACCAAAAGUGUAAUGUGAACGUUACUGUUCCAUUGAUAAAACUUUAUUAUAAAUACAUCAUGUAUACCUUUUAAUCAAACAAGUGCAUGCAUUAACAUUUGCACUCUGGGUAUACCUUUGGAGUUAGUUUACCUGUCGCUAAAAUCCAUGUGUUUAAUUGAGAGAGGCUGUCACUGCUUACUUAUGAACCAUGCAUUAUCAUGAAAUCUUAGUCCGAGAGAGAAACAAGGUGACAUUUGUUUGUGGAAAUCACCCGUAUCAUGAAAUGAGAUGAAAACAAAGAGUAUAUACAUUCAAAAUUAAAUAUUGUUUGGUCGGAGUACUUGGUAACAGGUAACAUUGCCAUUUUUCUCUUUUUUCGUUAUACGUCCAUUGCCACAUUUCUCUCGGAACUUUCUGAAGCCAUGAUUUUCAAUAUGAAGACAUAUUUCUUUGAAGCUAUGUGUGUAUUUGGGCUGAAUAUACUAUUUGCAGAGGGAACGUGCACUUUUCCGAGUUAUUUGGUGGGAGACUGGACAAGUGCGGAAAGAGGAAACCUAACCAUUACCUCAGAUUAUAUAUAUAACUACAAGGUUUAUAUUCCGUCUGCAGACCCGAGCAAUCCAACAAUUGAUUACUAUAAUUUCACUUGUCUCACUGAAGUCGGUACCAACCGGUACACAAUCAGAUCUGUGAACUUCAAUGUGAUAUUCGGAACCAACGUCUUCUUUUACAUCUGUCUUGAUAUCUACAAUGUGAAUGACCAGUUGAACUACUAUUACCAUGCAACAGCUGUAGAUAACUUGAUUCGAGAAAAUAUGGUCGGUAUCGCUGAAGAUAAAUCCAACUCCCAUGAGAAUAUUUGUACUCGUAGCUACAUAGACCCCGUCAAUUUUAUUGUUCUACUACGAAAAGACGCUGUGGAAAAUAAUGCCAUACAAACUCUGUGUCCUGAGGCCCUACAGAAGGUGUACAGCAAUGUUACAUUUACAAGCCAGUCGGGUACAUCCGAAAAUUGUGCGGCGGCACAACUCGAUGGCUGCACCAACAAGACCAUGCUUAAUUUCACUCAAGAUGAAUGCACACAAAAAACUCUCUCAGGCGGAGGUCUGUAUACAUGCAUUUACACAAGAACUAUUGAUGACCAGGCGUAUUUUUCUGUAUGGAAUAACGAUGAAACGCUGUCGUCUUCAACAUUCAGAUUUUCAUGUUUUAAAAUGACAAAUUAUAUGAAUGGCACGGUGCUUCUGGAUGAGAGACCAAACUUUUGUGGAAAUUCAAUAAACUUUACAGAAUAUCCGUCAGAGACCUCUUCAUUAGAAAUGAAAGACAUCACAGAUACUUGUCAAGUUCUGAUUCCAACUACCACGGAAGCUCCGUUUGUUGCCGAUCUUAACUACCUGUUCAUAUUACUGGGACUGUUUAUAAUUGUCAUGAUCGUGAUUUUUGCAUUGCUAUGCAAACGUCUAAAAGUUUACAUGAAGAAGAAAAAAGAAGAGAAAGCACUUGUCAUGGGGGAAGGGGAAAAAGUGAGACAUCAACGCUUUGACCAUAAAAAGGCAAUGGUCACCGUUUCCAAACCUGUCAAUUACUUCAGACCCAAACGGUCAAUUCAAAUUGUUCCUUUAUUCAAGUCUGACUUCAGUAUCGAUAAUCUACCCAUCCAUCCUCCUCCAAAAAUCACGUGCAUAUAUACUGACACCAUAGUGGAUUAUAUGCGCGGGAAAAUGCCAAGAAAACCAGAUGGACUCAGUCUCUACAGCUUUGACUCGGCCAUCUUUAGAGCAGCAAGUCCAUUUUCCACCAUUUCCAUCAUCAGCAGAGAUGAAGUGGAUGAUGAAGAUGUAUCAUUUGGAUCUGAAUCUUGUUAAUAUUUGGUGCAAAAGGAAGUGAUAUACAUGUAUUUAUUGAUUAAUGCUUUAAAAGACAGUGGGACUUCAAUAAUGAUGUUCUUAUGGAUUGAAUAACCAGGAAACCCAAAGCGUGUGGUGCAUGAUGGGAGUAUAGAUUCUUCCGGUUCACAAUUAAACCAUAGGAAAAUAUAAAUUGUUUUGGCAGUAAUAUAAUGUUUUGAAGACUAUUAGUUUAUAUGAUGAAUGUUUUAAAUUGGCACUUUAGAUAGUUCCACACAUGAAAUAUAUAUUUCCUAACUUGGUAGAUCAAUAAAAGAUCUAGAGUUAUC